UGCUAUUCCAACGUUUAUUGCUGUGCAGCUGGCUACCAAGUAAUCAAUUGUUACGCAAAUAGUGUUAUUUUAGACUGUGUAUGUAUAAAAUCAACACAUACUCAUUCUUCAAUUGUUCUGUGACCAGGAUACUCAAAAACUAAAAACUCUUGUAAUGGUCACUGCCAAAUGUUUGGUGGUAGCUUAAACGGAACACUGAAAAUGGCAGGCAUGAAGAUGAGUUUUGAGAAGUUGCUUGCUGAUGCCCGUUUGCUUGUAACACGACUAAAAGAUCAUGAUUCUUUAGCCAAUACAUUAAUGGAAAGUACCAAUGCCCUGCAUAAUCAAAUUGAUGCUAUGAAAAGGUAUCAUGACGGUAUAACCGAGCUGAAUGAAAUAGCUCGUCAUCGACCACGAUCUACUUUAGUUCUAGAAAUAGCACAGGAAAACCGACAGAUUCGUGAUCUACAGCAUGAAAACCAGGAAUUGCGGCUGUGUCUUGAAGAGCACCAAAGUGCCCUGGAACUAAUAAUGCAGAAGUACCGGGAACAAGUGGUUCAACUCAUACAGAGCAACCAGUUUGAGAAAUCAAUCUCUAGAAGCAGUGAGCAAGGAACGGAUAAUGUUCAAAUGAUUGACAAAAUCUGUGAAAUGGCUGCUGUGAUGCAAAAAGCUGUAGCAGUGGAUGACACUGCCGUGUCUAAAGUACAGGAAAGGCUGACUCAGCUAGAAAUAGAAAAUCGUGGCUUACGGGAAAUGCUGGAGAUCUGCUCGACAACCAAACAUCGCAUUCUCGAGGACCAGAACGAGGUCAACUCCUUAGGAAAUGAUGACUCAGAUAGGGCCACGCCAACGAAACAACUGUGAUACAUGUAAAUUAAAUAAAUGGAACAACAGAACUUGUUGGAACAGGGUGUGUGAAAACCAUUGAAUUGAGGAUGUGUAUAUGUAUGCAUGUACAUGAAAAUUAAAAAAAAAAAAAAGCAAAAAUUUAAAUAAAAACAAAAAUUUUUUUAAAAUCUUUAAAGAACAUUGGAAAUGUUAAGAGGAAAAGUAUAAAACUGUGUGUAUGUAUGUGUGCGUGUAUAUAUAUAUAUAUAUAUGUGUGUGUGUUUGUGUAUGUAUAUAUGCGUGUUUAAAGGUCCUGAAAAAAGGAAAAAAAAUUCUCUGAAAUAUUAAUAAAACUGUAAUAGUCUAUUUAUCUGCUAUGAUAUUUUGAAUUUCUUUUUUCUAUAUCAUAGUGAAAUUUUAAAAAACUUUCUUGAAUGUUUUAUAUAAAUAAAACUUGGAAAUAUGAA